AAUUAUUAUUAUUAAGCAUUAUAUCCAUUGUUGAAUUUAGGAAAAUAUAAAAGUUUCAAUCAAAGAUGCAAGCUAUAAAUCUUGGUGUCAGCAGUUUCCAUCUACACAACCACCGGAGCAGGGUUUUAUCCGGUUCGGGUCAUUUCAGUUACAAAAAACCCGCCGCGUGCGUGAUUCGGGACGUUAAGGAUUCUAGUCUCGGAUUGCGACUCCGGUCCAGUGAUAUGGCCGGUUCCGGUGCCGGACGUGUGUUCCGGUCGUCUGUUAAGUCUAGAUCAGUCAAAGCUCAAGCUUCAUCUGAUGGAGACAUCACUCAUGUUAAAUCUAAGUCAUCUGGAUCGGUAUUGCCCUAUGUUGGUGUUGCUAGUUUGGGGGCCAUAUUAUUCGGAUAUCAUCUAGGGGUGGUUAAUGGUGCACUUGAGUAUCUUGCGAAAGAUCUAGGUAUUGCUGAGAAUGCGGUUCUUCAAGGAUGGAUUGUUAGUUCGCUUCUUGCAGGUGCCACUGUUGGUUCAUUUACCGGGGGGUCUUUGGCUGACCAAUUUGGAAGAACAAAAACUUUUCUUCUGGAUGCAAUUCCUCUUACAGUUGGAGCAUUUCUUUGUGCAACAGCAACAAAUGUACAGACCAUGAUUAUAGGCCGGUUGCUUGCUGGCAUUGGAAUUGGCAUAUCAUCUGCAAUUGUCCCCCUAUACAUAUCUGAGAUAUCACCAACUGAAAUUCGAGGCACACUCGGAUCUAUCAACCAGUUAUUCAUUUGCAUUGGAAUCCUAGCAGCUUUGGUGGCUGGACUACCCUUAGCGGCCAACCCUUUAUGGUGGAGAACUAUGUUUGCUAUUGGAGUUAUUCCAUCUGUCCUAUUGGCAUUAGGAAUGGCAUUUUCUCCAGAAUCUCCUCGUUGGCUUGUUCAGCAAAAGAAAACUGCCCAAGCCGAGAAAGCAAUAAAGACAUUAUAUGGAGAGGGCAAAGUUACAGAGGUUAUGGCUGACUUAAGUGUGUCUGGUCAAGGUUCUGAAGAACAAGAUGCUGGUUGGUUUGAUCUUUUCAGUGGUCGGUAUCUGAAAGUUGUGAGUGUGGGUGCAGCCCUUUUCUUGUUCCAACAGUUGGCUGGAAUAAACGCUGUUGUAUAUUAUUCGACCUCAGUCUUCCGCACUGCAGGAGUUGCAUCCGAUGUGGCAGCUAGCGCUCUCGUUGGGGCAGCAAAUGUUUUUGGUACAAUGAUUGCGUCUUCUUUGAUGGACAAAAAAGGAAGGAAAAGUCUUUUGAUGACAAGCUUUUCUGGAAUGGCUGUUUCAAUGUUGCUGCUAUCAUUGUCCUUCACUUGGAAAGUUUUGGCACCGUAUUCUGGACCACUUGCUGUUAUCGGGACUGUUUUGUAUGUGCUAUCUUUCUCACUUGGUGCGGGCCCUGUUCCUGCUCUUUUGCUACCAGAGAUUUUCGCUUCUCGAAUUAGAGCAAAGGCAGUUGCCUUGUCUCUUGGAAUGCAUUGGAUAUCAAACUUUGUUAUCGGCUUGUAUUUCUUGAGCGUUGUAACUAAAUUUGGCAUAAGCAAAGUGUACCUGGGAUUUGCAUCCAUAUGUCUUCUAGCUGUUAUGUACAUAGCUGGCAAUGUUGUUGAAACAAAGGGGCGAUCAUUGGAGGAUAUUGAGCGUGAACUUAGCCCGGCUGUUUGAGGAAUGCACAGUUUAGGUUGAUAUUAACGGGAAUAAUAAGGUAGCUUUUGCAGGCAAAUGUUGUGCCUUACAAAUGUUUUGUUUUUCUUUUAUCAUGGUCUGGAAUCUGCCCAAAUUGUAAAUUUUUGCUACUAUGGGUACUAUCCGUGUUUUUAGAUAUCUGAUCUUAAUGUGUCUCCUGAGUUUAGCAA